AGGCGGAACCGGAAGUUGCGGGGAACGCGCCGAUUUCCAACAUGGAGGCCGCCGGGCCCUCCGGGCCGGUGUCUCCAGAAACUGUAGCCGCCCAGUUGUUGGGUGUCCUGUGGUUCGCGUCAGUCACCACCGGACCUUGGGGGGCUGCUGCCACCUCCCGGGGCGAGGAGACGCUUAAAUGUGAGGACCUAAAAGUAGGACAAUAUAUUUGUAAAGAUCCAAAAAUAAGUGAUGCUACGCAAGAACCAGUUAACUGUACAAACUACACAGCUUAUGUUCCAUGUUUUCCAGCACCCAACAUAACUUGUAAGGAUUUCAGUGGCAAUGAAACACAUUUUACUGGAAAUGAAGUUGGUUUUCUCAAGCCUAUAUCUUGCCGAAAUGUAAAUGGCUAUUCAUACAAAGUAGCAGUUGCACUGUCUCUUUUUCUUGGAUGGUUGGGAGCAGAUCGAUUUUACCUUGGAUAUCCUGCCUUGGGUUUGUUAAAGUUUUGCACUGUAGGGUUUUGUGGAAUUGGGAGCCUAAUUGAUUUCAUUCUUAUCUCAGUGCAGAUUGUUGGACCUUCAGAUGGAAGUAGUUAUAUUAUAGAUUAUUAUGGAACCAGACUUAUACGACUGAGUAUUACUAAUGAAACAUUUAGAAAAACACAGUUAUAUCCAUAACUAUUUUAAAAAAACAGAUUUGAGCCUCCUUGAUUUUGAUAAAGAACUUCCAGUAUGUGAAUUUUCAGGUUUUCCUUUUUCUUUGUUCACAUACCGCUUUAUGUAGGGGUUCGAUAUGCUUUUGUUGUUGAUAUUUUUGUUUUGUUGUUUCAGUUGAAUGUAUAUUAUUCUGAGAUUUAUUUAAUAGGACUUUCUUUGAGAUCUGUAUGAUAAUGGAGUCUUUCUGAGGUUACUGUCUUUUUGAGAUAGAUAGCUUAUUACCCAGGUAUUCUUUAAUGUCUUUUCCAAAGACAAGUUGCCACUUGUCAUUUUUACUUAUGAAAAAUAAAAGUAUGUCUUAUUCACA